ACAUUCUCAAUCGAAAAAAUCAUCGUAAUCUUUCCACAUUCUUUCAAAAACAAUUCACGCAAAUCUGUUAAUCUUCCUCCCCAAAUUCAGAAACCAUUCACGGUUAGUAUUAAACCCUAGGUCAGUUUCUGGUUAUAAUUCACAUGAAUGGAGCCACCCCAGCUCCUCCAUUUCUUGCCUCCAGAGAACCCAGAUGGCAAAAACCAAACUCGUGCUAAGAAGCAAAGGCAUAAACACAUAAUGGGCAAGCUUAAAGAUUCCGUUUUUACCAACAUAGUGGGCUCCAACCACCCAUCAGGAACCCUAACUCAGGAGGCUAAGGCAUACAUUGAAAACAAAUUGCGUGGAAUGUUUCAAACAUUUGAUACUCCCACUCACCCUCCGUACGCCUUGAUGAUUCGGACAGCAAUUAUAGAGUUGGAUGAGGAAGCGGGGUCGAGUGAGGAGUCAAUCUCAAGUUAUAUUGAGAGAGAAUACGAGGGCUUGCCUUGUGGGCAUGUGGCUUUUUUGGGCCAUCAUUUGAGGAGGCUUUGUAAGAGUGGGGAAAUUGUGUGUAAAAAUGAUGGACGAUACAUGAUUGGUGUUGAGGGUGUGGAAGAAAUGGGACAGAGGAUGAAUAUAAGCCAAAAUAUGCGGCUCCCUUAUCAUGUUAGAGAAGAGUUACAGAAUGAGCAGAACGAAGAAGCUGCAAAAGAAACUCGUUUGAUUGAACAAAAAAUUGAAGAAGACUGUCAAGCUCGAAGGCAAGAACUUGAAGUGAUUGAUGACUGCAGCAAAGUGAAGGAGAUGCAAAUUGUAGUGUUCGAGGAACAGAGUUGGCAUGCAGUUGGAGAGCAGGAACUUGAAGAACGAAUUGAAACAUCAAAACAGGGCAUUGAAGCAACUGAACAACAAAUGGAGGUUCCAUAUCUUACACACGGGUCAAGUGUGGAGUUGAAUGAUAAGGAGCAAAAUUGUCCACAAAGUCAACUACAUGAGGUGAUCGAAGAAUCAAAUCAUUCGCAAAAACUACAGAUUGUAGUGCGUGAAGACAAGAAAUUAGUGUCCGGGCAGCAAAAUAGAGCAAUUGAAGAACAAAAUAUACUGCAAGAGCAACAAACUGAGUUUAUGAAUGAGAGGAGAUUGGAAGGUCAAUUAGUAAAUAUCCCAAGUGCUUCUGAAACUCUUGGUCAAUGCUUGGAUUGUAAUGUUUCAUCAUAUUCUCUUAAGGGAUCAUGCAUCAAGUUGGUAACGAAGAAAACUGACUCUCUGGACCACCUGACAGAAAAAUUUUGUUCUUUUGGGGGUAUGGAACAACCACGGCAGCUGACAGAGAGUCCAUGCACAGAUAUAGCAAGUAAUGUUGAAGUGAUCAAAGGACAAAAACAGUUACAAGAACGAGGAGAUAGAUUAAUUAGGGGAGAAAGUCAAUCAUUAGAGCUUCAAAAUCAAGUUGAAACCGAAUUAGUCAGUUUAGAUGGCAUGAACAGAGAUGUUUUUAAUGAAAACUCAUUGGUUGGUGAAUCUCGCUUGCUCAUUGCAAAAGAGUAUCUCAAGGAAUCCUUGAAACAGGUGCACCUGCAGCAGCAAGCAAAGAUUAUUCAUGGAGAUUGGAAACAUAUUGUAUGUGGUUUGCAGGCUCAACGGCUAACUGAGGCUUGUGAUAAACUAAAGACACCCAGGUCACACCUGAUUAAAGAGCAAAAGCAGCUGUCAUGGAGUCAAACCAGGAGGCGUCGUAGACCUAAACUAAAUGCUGACACAACUACAAAUGCUUUACUGCUCUCAGACCAUCAUCAUGAUAAUGAGCAGAAGCAGGAUCAUCAGCUUGAAGACCAACAGAAGAUACCCGAGUCCUGCCUGGAGAAUCAGCAAUCUCAUCGAUCAAGGAGCAGAGCCAGGGAGCUUUGCAGGCCUAAACUGGAUGCUGACACAACUACAAGUUUUAUGUUGACAUUGUCCUCCGAUCGACAACAAGAUCGUGAGCAGAAGCUGCGUCAUGAGCCAAUGGGUCAAUUAAAGCCUUCUAAGGCAGAAGGUAAUGGAGAUUACCCAAGUCACACAAGUCUCAGAUUGACAACUGAGACUUGUGAUAAACUAAAGACACGCAAGUUACACUCAUUUAAAAAUCAACAGCAGCUAUCAUGUAGUCGAACCAGGUGGUGUCGCAGACCUAAGCUAGAUGCAGACAUAACCACAAAUGCUUUAUCACCCUCAGAUCAUCAGUCUGAUAUUGUUCAUCUAGAUGCAGACACAACCGCAAAUGCUUUACUGGCGCCAAAUCAUCAUCAUGAUAUUGAGCAGAAGCAGGAUCAUCAGCUGGAGUGUCAAGUGAGGCUUUCUAGGGCUGAAGUUAUUGGAGAUCAACAGAAGGCGCCCAAGUCAAGCCUGAAGAAUAAGCAACCUCAUGGGUCAAGGAGUAGAACCAGGAAAUCUCAUGGGCCUAAGCUAGAUGCCGACACAACUACAAGUUCUACAUUGGCAUUGCUCUCAGAUCGACAACAAGAUCGUGAGCAGAAGCUGCAUCAUGAGACAGUGGGCCAAUUAGAGCCUUCUAAGGCAAAAGGUAGUGGAGAUCAACGGAAGGUAAUGGAUGCACACCUGGACAAUGAGCAAUCCUGUCAAACUAGGAGUAGAGCCAGGAAAUCUCGCAGGCAUAAACUAGAUGCCGACACAACUAUGAGUUUUAUAUUGGCAUUGCCCUCAGAUCGACAACAAGAUCAUGAGCAGAAGCUGCAUCAUAACCCAGUGGGUCAAUUAAAGCAUUCGAAGGCAGAAGGUAAUGGAGAUCAAGAGAAGGCAUCUGAGUCACGCAUGGAGAACAAGCAACCUCAUCUAUCAAGGAGUGGAGCCAGGAAGCCUCGCAGGCCUAAGCUAGAUGCCAACACAACUACGAGUUCCAUAUUGGCAUUGCCCUCAGAUCGACAACAAGACCGUGAGCAGAAGCUGCAGCAUCAGCCAGAGGGUCAAGCAAGGCCUUCUAACGCAGUACGUAUUUAUGUCAGACGUAAGUUUAGGCAAUAAAUAUUGAUUGGAUUUUAAAAGACUAGGUUUUCGAAGAUAAAAUAUUGCUAGCAUUUUAUGGAUUUUAGUCAUUUCGCCAUGAAAAUGUAUUUGUUUCCUUGCAUGAUUCUGCCAUUUUUUAGAUGAAUUACUAUGCUUAUAUUAUAUCAGUUUUGCUGGUA